AUGGCUUCCAGUUCCAUUACGCCGGCCCUGCCGCCGCCGCCAGGUCAGGUAUCCAACUUUGUUGACCCGCCGUCUGUUGGAAACAAGAUAGUGGUGAUCAAUUGCAUUUUCCUGCCAUUGGCUGUAAUUGCGCUGUUUGUGAGGACGUGGACUCGGGUGUUUAUUGUUCGCAGUUUUCGCGCAGACGAUUAUCUUAUGAUUGCGGCACUGCUUUGUUCCUGCGUUCUGACAGCUGUCACACUACACAUGCUUGAUUGGGGUCUUGGGAAGCACAUGUGGGAUGUGCCCGCUGCAUACAUAUCACCAAUGUUCUCCAAGUUGAACGUCAUCGCCGCCAUAUUCUACUGCGCCGCGACCGGCUUCACGAAAUGCUCUGUUCUUAUAUUCUACCUUCGCAUCUUUCCGAGUCGCAACUUUCAUAUCGCCGUCUGGGCAAUUGUCUUCAUCGCUGUCGGGUACAGCUUGGCCAGUAUUUUAGUCAACAUUUUCAGCUGUUCUCCGAUUGCCAAAGCUUGGGACUUGAGUAUUACAACCGGAAGCUGCAUAAACCGACCCGUCUUUUAUUUUGCAAAUGCUGGGUUGGGAAUUUUCACCGACUUUGCAACGGUCGUGGUCCCGAUACCAUGGCUGCGCCGAUUACAAAUGCCCCUGCGACAGAAGAUUGCGGUCAGUGCUAUUUUGGCCAUGGGUUGCUUUGUCGGAGUGGUUAGCUCCAUUCGGCUGUCAUCACUCUAUACCCUUCUCACUAGUACCGACCUAACCUGGUCAACGACGGACGCCUUGAUGUGGUGUACGAUCGAAUUAAAUUUGGGCAUCUUCGGUGGAUGCGUGUCCGCCAUUCGACCCUUCAUCCGGCGAUACAUCCCUCGUCUACUGGGUCUAUCGUCAUCAGACAAUACCUCCAAGUCUCGCAAAUAUGGCCACCAGCUGGGUUCCCUUCCUCUAAGCGAACGACCAAAGUUUACGGGGCGCAGUCAUGGCCAGUAUUCUGCGACCCUCACCACACACGGCAACGCUCUUGAUAAUGACAGUGAAGAGCAUAUAUUAUCACCGGGAGCUAGCAGGCAGAAGGACCUGGAUGGAAUCAUCCACACGGUGGAAUUUAAUGUGGAUAAUUCUAGUUCACACGCCGGUGAACCU